CCUAAAAUGGCACAAGUCCCGAGUAAAAUAAAUGUGUCUCUGAAAAAUGAAUACUAUUAUGAUAACGGUUAAAGUUUACCGACAAAAUUAGACUGUCUUUGUUUAUGAUUACGAGUAUUUAGCGCAUUUAAUAUUGCACACAUAAAACUCGGUACAGUUACGAGCCGCGAGUCUAUAUAGGGAAGCCAAGUGUCCAUAAAGGAGUCACAGAACCUCCAUUAGGAUGGUGAACUCGCUGCUGCUUAGUUUGGCCACCCUGGCGUCGGCGUACGCGUCGGUGAUUCCCGAAAUCUCCGGAUACUCAAGAGUUUCUAGCAACGGCGCUAGUAGCGCCAGUGAGCCGCGAAAUUUGAAUCUCUCACCGGUCUACCAUCCCGCAAAACAUCUCAAAGUUUACGACGGCGAAGUUGUCGAUUAUUCACACAAAUACUCGACCUUGGACAAGGAGAUGGUUGCGAAAUUAGACGGCAAAAAGCGUCAAAAACAAGCUGAGGACAGAUUCGUUCCUUCGGCGGUAAAACUGCAGAGCCCGUCGGGCAGUCCAGGGUCGUCGAGCUCUUUGGCCUCUCAAUCAUCAGUUUCAGGUUCAUCACCCUCUAUUUCUUCCGGUGGUUACGCCACGUUACCUCAAAGCUAUUCUUCAAACACUUAUCAGUUUCCAGACGAUGAUAAAGUGCCGAAAAAUAAUAAUAAUAAUAAUAAAUUUAAAAUAGCAAACAGCAAUGGGAAUAAUAAUGAUCACGAUAAUUUGCCCUCUAUUACUGAUGAUGGAUUCUCUAUGGCUGGAGAUUCUUAUUCAAAGAUACCAGAUUCAUAUAAAUUACAACCUGAUAAAAUAAAAAACUAUCCAAGUUAUCUGGAUAAAUUCCCGUCAAAACCUAGCUAUCAACCAGCGCCAUCGUACAUAGAUCCUAACGACCCAUACUUACCUAAUGAUAAUGAUAAUGAUAAUGAUAAUGACAACAACAACAACGAUAACCAUAACGAUGAUGAAGAUCAUCGGAGUCACGGGAAUUUUCCCGAUUUGACAUACCCACACGAGUACAUCUACGAUCACCCGCCAGACGAUUAUUAUCACCACCACUUGCCCACCACCACCACCACCACCGAGGAACCGAUCAACGAUCAACGUCUCAAUAAGCGCCCGUACUCUUACUACUACAUCGGGAAGAAGCUCUGGUACCUCCCAUUGUACUUCAGCAUCUACUUCAUCAUUUACAUCGCCGCACUUGUUCUCAAGAGCGUCGCCAGACACAAAAUAAACUUCCCUGCGAACCUCGCGGAAGCCGCGCAAGGCGCGAGACAUCUUCAUUAUAAUAAUAAUAAUAAUAAUUAUAAUUAUACUUCUGAUCUUACUCAGAGAGUUCUCGAAAGAUAA